GGAAAUUUUAGUAAGUUGGCACUUUUGUCUUGCUAGAAUAACAAAAAGUGCUUUAAAAUUAGUUGCAUUUUUAAGUAUUUUUUUUUUAAUUAAGGAAUUUGUCAUAUAAUUAAAUCUCUUACCUCUUAAUACACCUCCCCUAAAAUGUCCUCCACUAAUAGCCCCAACAAAUUGACACCCUUGCUAAAUUACAAACGCCAGAACUAUUUACAUUGGGAUGAUUAUUUCAUGGCCACCGCUGUACUAUCUUCGCAACGCAGCAAAGAUCCCAUUACCCAGGUGGGGGCAGUCAUUGUCAAUGAAGACAAUCGCAUAGUGGCCAUUGGCUAUAAUGGUUUUCCCCAGCACUGUGAAGACGAUGAAUUUCCCUGGUACAAAGCCACUGAUGUUGAGAAUUUAGUGGAGGACUUUGAUCCCAUCAACGACAAGAAAAUGUUUGUGGUUCAUGCCGAAGCGAAUGCUAUAUUAAAUAAGAAUUGCGCUAAUCUCAAAAAUACCCGCCUCUAUACCACCCUAUUUCCUUGCAACGAAUGUGCCAAGCUAAUCGUACAAUCGGGUAUUACGAAAAUAUUCUACAUGUCCGAUAAAUAUGCCGAUAAGCCCAAAUAUCGGGCUGCACGUUUAAUGUUUAGCAAAGCAAAAAUUGAGUGCUUACGUUAUAUACCGGCGCAAAAUAAAAUUGUUAUAGAUUUCCAGCAAAUAAUGGAAGAGGAAUUGAACUUGACCCAGGAAUUGGAAAAUGUUAAGCUAUAAAGCGGGAAGCAGAGGAAAGUUUCGAAGGCCAGACUAAGGCAUUUUAAGUGCUGUACUUCAUUUUAUAUUUGUUUUUUUAUUAUAGGAUUAUAUGUUUUUUAGUGCUCGGUUAUUUUGUAUAAAUUAUGUGUGUAAUUGUUUGUAUUUUUCAUCAGGACUAAUAAAGAAAAUAAUGCUCAAACUGCAAAUCAAAAGUAAA